AAACAGACUCCUGUUUAUGUACUUAAGCUGUGUGAGGAGGAGGCAGCAGUGUGAAUAGGUCGGGACGUAUCUAGAGGAGGAAUACAGGCUUCAAAGUAGGUAACAAGCGAAGGCUUCUGGGCAAGAUAUAAGUCUUCACAAACUAGUGACUAGAAGAACGUCUGAUCAGGACAGAAGCACAGAUUAACCCACGCAGUUCGUCAUAGAAGGCAAUGAUGAAGUUGCUCUUCAUUGGGUUAUAUUUCUCCUGCAUCCUCCUGGGAACAUUCCUGGAUGCUCGACCGGUUUACGAGGAAAAUGAACCACCAUAUGAAGAGGCUCCAGCUCACCCAUAUUGGCCCUUUUCCACCAGUGAUUUCUGGCAAUACGUGGAACACUUCCGCAGUAUGGGAGCAUAUGAUAGAAUAAAUGACCUGGCACGCACCUUCUUCGCUCACUACCCCAUAGGAGAUACCUUGGGAUAUAGCAGCCCUAAUCAUGAGCACUAGAAGUGCAUUCCAAGUGGCUCUUACUGCCUCACAACAGCUGUACAAAGACAAUUUACACAACGCCUGACACUAGAAUAUAUGGGUGAACCAAGUGUCAUCAAAUUCCAAAACAAGCCUUAUCAAAUCAAUGUAUCUGAAUACCAAGCAAAUCCCGGCUUUAUUGCAGAGCGAUCUACGUUCUUUUUUGUUUCUGUAUAUUUUUUUGUAGGUGUAGAUUUCUAAAUAUGCCAGUGUUGUAAAGAAAAUCCACGUGUUUCUAUUGUAAAGCAAUAAAAACGAUUACGGAAUAAAACUAACUUCUUUCUA